UACUCGACAACUCCCUCUCUUUACUGCUUCUAUACGUUACUAGUAUGUAAAAGCUUCCACAACACUGUUGGUAGCUCGUAAGUCAAACGAAAAGCUCGUGUGACGAUCAGUAGAGCUCAGUCUACUAGCUCAAUCUGCUUAGUUGAUUGUGAUAUGUCGUGCUGCUCUCUGGUUACAGGGUCUUGUCGGAAUACUUGUAAUCAGGUUUCUUUUGCUGCAUUGAAACUGACAGAUUAUCAAGCAAAGAAAAAUUUAAAUCAACGACUAACUCAAUCUUGUCCAUUUGAAUUGAUUGAAUUCUGGUCUUGUAUAAAUUCAACGCAAAAUGAAGCAACUGAUCAUGAGAAUUGGAUCGGCAAAAACUGUUGUCAUUUAGCUCAAUAUCCAAUUUGUCAAUCAACAUGCAUGUUGGCAGGAUCUAAAACUCAUUUAGAAUCUUCUUGUCGCUCUAGUGAUGAGUUAGAAUUUUAUUUUUGUUUGGAAAAGCAAGAAGAGAUUGAAAGGUGUUGCAGUAGUAUCACUAAUGGAACCUGUCGUGCUAGUUGUCGAGAAAUUUUUCAUAAGUCUGAACAACAAUCUAGUCUAAAACUUUAUAGCAGUAAGGGAUGUUUUCAUCAAAUACCGAAGUGUCUCGAAUCUAUUUCUGAAUCUUUUACUGCUAGUGACAAUCCAAGGCAAUAUCUUAACUGUUGUAAAGAAGCUACAACAUCAACUUGCUUGGAUGCAUGUAGAAAGAUUUUAUUCACAGCAACUUCUGUAAAGGAUAUUUUAGAUACAUUAGAAGCAAAAUGUCAACCAGCUCAACCACAUUCUCCACUUUGGAGUUGUUUUCUUCAGCAAUCAUCGUCAAUGAAGCCAACAAGAUUGCCUUUAGAUAUUGGAAAAUUAAACUGUUGUUCACGUGCCAGCAGUACCAACUGUCAGAUUCUGUGUUGGAGAGCCUUUCAAGCUGAUUGGGAAGUUGCUUGGACUCAACUAGAAACAGAUUGUCUAUCAUUAUCAUCAGAAGGAGAGCUGAGAAGAUGUUUAGAAGAUGCUGAUGAACCUUGCGAAAUGGGUUGCUCAGGCCUCUCUUAUUGCACCAAAUUUAACAAUCAACCUACAAGUCUUUUUCGAUCUUGUUCAAAAAUUGCCGAUGAUUCAGCAAAAUGGGAAGCAGAUCAUUGGGCUAGAGGUGGAAUCAUCAGAGGACUUGGAGUUCCAGUACGUGCUGAUCCUUCAUGUCCUGUUGAAUCUUUGAAAGCAGCUGCAUGUCUUCUACAACUUCGUCCGUGUGAAACACGAGUUCAUGAAACUCAGUUAUGUCGAGAUGAUUGCUUAGAAUUGAUGGUUAAUUGUGUUGAUUGGACAGCGAUUACUCGAUCUACUACUGCAGCAAGUCUGUGUUCUAAAUUGUCACCACCGCGACCAGACAUGCCUUGUAUUUCUCUCAAACCAUUUUUGACGGACCAGAGUCAACUUGAAUUAAAUUCAUUUAUAACUCAAGAUAAUAUUAUUACUCCUUGUAAAAAUAAUCCAUGUCCUGAUGAUCACAUGUGUGUUCCUCAACCAAAUUCUGAUAUAUAUUAUCAAUGUAUACCUUCAUGCACACUUGGAGAAAUGUCUAGACUAACAGUGCCAAUAAACACUUGGGUACAAAUUCCUCGAACUGAUCAACAGCAGCAAAAUUCAGGAUGUCAUCGAAUUUGUCGAUGCUCUUUAAAUGGAUUUGAAAAAUGCAAAACUUUAAACUGCUUUAGUCUCAAUUCUUGUUGGGUGCAAGAUCGUUUUGUAGCGCAUAGAACCAAUUUUUAUUUAGAUUGUAAUUCAUGUCAUUGUUUUGAAGGAGAAGUUUCUUGCUCUCGAAAAAUUUGUGGUAGGGAAAUACGUCAACCUACUUUGCCAUGUGAUUGUCCAGCGCAUUAUGUUCCAGUUUGUAGCCGAUUUGGAGUUACUUACCCUUCUGCAUGUCUUGCAAAAUGUGCUGGACUAGGUGUUAACGAUAUAGUAUUUGGACGUUGCUCUUCUAUAGAUCCAUGCCGUCCAAAUCCGUGUGGAACUGCUGAAAAAUGUUUAAGAAAACCAAGAGUUUGUUUAUCUAACAUUCAUAAACCUUGCAAACAGUACGAAUGUAUUCCAAUGGAUUGUGAACAUGAUAGCAAAAUUACUCCAGUGGAACCUGUUUGUGAUCGUGAUAAUAGACAAUACAAUUCUACAUGUGCUUUAGUAAAAUCUGGUGCAACGUUAGCGUAUAGAGGUCCUUGUUUGAAGGGAUGUAGUUUACGAGAACCAGUUUGUGGUGUUAACGGAGAAGUUUAUCCAAGUGAAUGCUCGGCAUGGGCUCAUAAUACUGUUGUUGAUUAUAAUGGACCUUGCAUGGCAGUAGGUUUGAUUGGUGAUGGAAAUAUUCCAAGAUGUAGUGACACUUUAAUCAAGUGUCCAAAACUAAAUUUACCCAACUGUAUAGGUGUUACACCACCAGGAGCUUGUUGUCCAGUUUGUGGAGGUGCUGCUAGAAUUUUCUUCUCAAAGAAACAACUCGAUAGGAUUUACUAUAUAAUGGAAGAAGAAAUAGAUAAGGAUUCUGUGACAUUGGAGAGUCUUCUGAAAGGUCUUCAACGUCAAAUUCAAGUAUUACAGUGCUCAAUUCGCGGCCAUGUUACUCCUGAAAACGAUAUUUUCAUUAUAGUUCAGCCAACAAUUAAAAAACCUUCUGCACUGUUAUUUCAAGCUUGCAUAGCAGAAACAGAAAAAAUAAUAACAAGAAUUAUUGAAAGAAGUUCUAAAAUCAUAGCUGAAGUUCCUUUGGGUUCUUUAACUCGAGCUGAAAUAGUACAUGGUCAUGUUUCUUCUUCAAUUUCUUUAUGGUAUUUUUCCAAUUUUACUAUUUUAAUAUUUUUCUCAUUUGUUUUCUCGUUUGUUUUCAAUCGUUGAAAAUUUGACUCUUAUUUUUUUAUGUUAUAAGACUUUUUUUACGUAACAAUGGAAUUUAAUAGAUUCCAAUGAGUGUUCAACCAAACUGUGAUUUUCUAGAGUGCCUUAUUUAAAUUUAGGAUUAAAAAAAUAGAUUUUAGAGCAUUAAAGGAUUGUUAAGUUUUUUAUA